CAUGCCGGUGUCCAGAAUGCGCAUGAGGCCCUGGCUGGAAAUGCAGAUUAAUUCCAAUCAAAUACCAGGACUGAUAUGGAUUAACAAGGAUAAGAUGAUGUUUCAAAUCCCGUGGAAGCACGCGGCUAAGCAUGGCUGGGACAUGGAGAAGGACGCCUGCCUUUUCCGGAGCUGGGCCAUCCACACAGGAAGAUAUAAAGUAGGUGAGAAAGACCCCGACCCGAAAACCUGGAAGGCGAACUUCCGCUGCGCUAUGAAUUCGCUGCCCGACAUCGAAGAGGUGAAGGAUAAAAGCGUCAACAAAGGCUCCAGCGCCGUCAGGGUUUACAGGAUGCUGCCGCCCUUGACGAAGGAUCAGAAGAAAGACCUGUCCCCGUGCGAGGUGAGCGGCUCCCUGAGCGACUGGAGGCCGCCGAUGGAGAUCACCAUGGCUGACAGCACCAACGACCUCUACCAGCUCCAGGUGUCUCCCCUGGCUUCGUCCUCGGAAGUCACGGAUGAAGACGAAGAGGAAAUGAAUUCGGAGAUUUUUAAGCUGCUGGAACCAGCCCAAGACUGGCAUGCCACCAGCGUCGGGGGGAAAGGCUUCCUCACCAACGAGCCCGGCGCGCAGACCCUGUGCGGCGCUUACAGCUACAAGGAGCAGGAUGGGGAGAUCGACACGACUUCAGGAGAGCUGGAGUUCAGGUUCUUUGACCAGAAAAGCACCCUAGACUUCUCCUGGCUGGACACAGUGAGACCUACCAUGCAAGUCAUCCCCUGUGGCUUGUAA